AUGCUUCCCCCGCAAUCUUACAUAGCGUGGAAAGUAUGCCUGACGAUCCUCCAUGCUGUCGCCGCUAGCUCGACGUUCCUCAGACUCUGGGUCCGCUUCCAGACGCGAAAAAUGUGGUGGGACGACUAUGUGGCCGGCUUUACGCUGUUGCUCGAUAUCGCAUAUGCGAUAAUGCUGUGGUUCAGAUUCCAUGUCCCAAACCCGACACGAGAACAAGAAUUAGACACCAUCGGCAUAUCCUGGGUCCACUCUCUUUUGUAUUUCACGAUCGUUUGGUCUAGCCGUGUUAGCCUGUCGCUGGCGAUAGCCAGAAUCUUUAAUCCGGGAACAAGAGUCCGCCAGUGGUUACUCGCCCUCACCGGUUCCUUCGUCGCCGCCUAUGUCACUGUCUGUCUCUUGACAGGCUUAACCUGCGCCUCUGGAGCAGACUGGCCAAAGUUCCAGUUCGAUUACCGAUGGUGCAAAACGGGCCUCGGCGGCUACUACAUCUCAGGUCUCGUCUCCAUCUGCUUUGAUUUUAUUGCAGAUAUCUUGCUCGUCGUCUGUCCUCUCAUACUCCUCUGGCGCGUCAACCUGCCGACAAUAGAGAGGAGUCUGGUGCUUGUCGCCUUUUCUGCGAGUAUAUUUACCGCCUUGGCCGCGGUUGUAUUUUGUAUUUUUUGGUAUGGCACAUUCGACGUUGGACCCGACCGCCGCAUCCUGAUGGCAGGAGCAGCGCAUAUCCAGGCCGCCGUCUCCCUCAUUGUGUGCAAUUUCCUGGUCAACAUCAUGUACGUCUGGAGAUGCUGUUGUCGUUCCCGACGUGCAGCAAAUCAACAACCAUCCCCCUCCGCGGAAGAGGAAGGCUCGAGUACCGUACCCCGCAUCCAGACCCUCGAACUCCCCGAACGAGGCCCCGAAUUCCACUGCACCUUCACACCCAUCUCAGAUCACAGCUUCAACACCAACUCCCAAGCCCGCACAUUCACGCCCAUCACGACGCACGACUUUUUGACCACCCGCCCUCUUACUCUUACUUCCACUUUUGAAUCGCUCGUCCGUCGCGUUGGCAUCGAGAACACACCGUUCCGCAUACGCAAGCACAGCAUCGAAUGUAUCAGAUCCGUCCCAUAG